GGGACGCCCUCAGCGCUGCUGUGUGUACAAUGUAUGGUAACGUAACCAAGCAACAUAGGGAUCAUCAGCUGCUGUGUACGUGUGUUUAUGUUGUGUAUCAUGCACAAUUAAUCUCUCCGCGAGACAAAAAAGUACAAUAGGCCUUCGAUCAGAGUUGAUGUGCGGGAAAUCUCGGCUAACGUCAGUGCAUGUGGUCCGGAGAUCGGCUGUGAUGUGCGGAGGACGCGUAAACUAAGCUGACAACUUAACUUUUCGCUGAGAAUUUCCAGGAAUUUGACAUUAAAUAAUUUAUUUUGAACUGAUUAUUUUACCAACUGAAAUCAAGACACUGUCAGCCACCUUAAAGUCAUUUUUAUCGAGACAAGCUAGGAUAUAGAAAGCCACCAUGUCAGGAUCAGGCAAGACGGACAUGGAGAGGAUUGGCCUCUUUCAGGAGAUGGGCUAUGUCUCCAUUGGAGAUAGAUUUGUUCCACCAGGUUCUAAACCCUUCAAUGAAGCUGCGGGUAAGAGCAAGCAGAUGUUGCCUGGCGGCAGCAAGGUUAGGUCUGCUCUCCAGGCAGGCUAUUUUGAUGAGAAGUUCUCCAGGGUGUUUGAAUCAGAAGCCUACAGUGACGCCGUCAAGAGGAGAAGGCAAGAUAGACUGAAGGAGGGUAAAAAGAACAUCGGCAAAGCCUUCCUUCCCAGCAGUGGAGAUAAACAAAUGAGUGGUCUUGGCAAUCACUACGGAACACUUUCAGGACCUGUCCCAGCUUUUAGUCCCGUCAAGAAAGGAGGUAAAGGUCACAAAAGCGCUGGAAGGAAUGUAAUCACAAACCCCGGCAAGAAGGGGACAGGAUAUGGGUACUCUGGGUUAACACUCGGAAAGGGCAUAACAUAUUCAUCAAAUACAUAUGACAAAGGAAAAGAAUUAAGGAGGAAAACCCUUGACCAGCACAAAGCAGCCAUGAAGGGUGGAGCGUUCCGUCUCAACAUGCAUCCCAAGGCACUGUUUGAUGGUAACCCCUAUGCUCAUGACAGACCGCUGCCUCCUGUGAAACCAAAACUCGCAACGAAAAAGAUCACCACUCCGUUCAAACCAAGUCACCCGGCCAAGAUCAUCGGUGGGGCGAAGGCCGGCACCUUUGACCCUUACCCCUCGCAUUCCAAUGACCCCUACCGCCCUAAGCUGAAGAAGGGGCCGCCCCCUACCAACAGCACCGGCAAGAUCUUCACUCCAUCUCCUGGACCCAAGUCUGCACCAACUACUUCUGUCAUCAAUCAAAAUGUUAUCAGAACCAUAAACAGCACCAACUUCAGAUCGAUAGGAACAACAUUAGCAUGAUCAUCUUGUAAUUUGAAUGCAAAUCAAGAACUGAAUGUGAAAUAUGAACAUUGGUGUAUUCAGACUUUGUGACGAAUGAAGAACACUUGAGCCCUUGAAGAACGUAGCUUUGUAGUUGUGUGAACAUUCUGUCCUUUGAUGCACCUCGUAGCAGAAUAAGAAGAUAUCAAGUGGACUUGUCUUUCCUUGUUAUAGUUGGAUCAUUUCUCCUGUGAUGAAGAUUGCUUACUUUGGAUAAACUACUAGCCGUCAUUGAGGAAAAAAUAAUACACACAAAAUCAUGAAGAUGAAUUAAUCUAUGCAUGCAGCAAUGAUGGUCAGAGAAUUUGCCUUUUGUUGUGUCUUGCUACAAGUCCAUCAGUGUUAAGCGUAUCAUGUGUGAAAUCUUAGCCUUUAUAUCUUCUUUGGGAUUGGUGAAAUAUCCCAGAAAUGCAGAAUGUAAUAUAUGUAUGUUAAAUAUUAUAGUUGUAAAUAUGUACAUUAUGAUAAAUCAAUUGAAUAGAAACAAUUCUUUUAUUUAAUCAAUGUAUUCCAAGAUAGCAAAUAUUUAUUCAGCAGCACUGCUCGAAUUUUGACAGAAAUAGAAGAAGUCUAUAAUUCUUUGAUUUUGUUGAUAGAUUGAAACCCGACUUGCUACAUGUCUCAGAGGUAAUUUGUGGAAGGGGGGGGGGGGGGCAAAUUUUAAUGGCUCAUGGUUAAUUGCAUGAAUAGUGUAAGGUGAGAUAAUUAUGUAGAUGUUCAUUGACAUUAUUCUUGAAUAUUGUUUUUAAUGCAAAUUACAUUAAUGGGGACAUUAAAGGAGAAUGAAACUCUUGGAGCAAGUUAGCUUUUGUGAAAGCAGAAAAAUCAAAGAAUAAGAUCAACAAAAGUUUGAGUAAAAUAGGACUAGCAAUAGAAGAGUUAUGAGCAUUUGAAUGUCGAGAUCACUAAUGCUAUGGAGAUCCUCCCAUUGGCAAUGCGACCAAGAUCUAUGUCACAGAUGAACAACUCUCCCCUUUUGGACGCUGAAAAUAUACCCCAAAACAUCUCUUUUUGCUCAUUCUAAUCAUAUGACAAACGAUUCAUCAAUGAUAUAAUGUUGUGAAACCUCUGUACUUGUCCUCUCAUAAAGAGAACACAUCACCUUGUGAUAGACUCUAUAAAAGUGAGAAUAUAAGUGAAAUAAGUACUUAAGUACUGAGGGAGUUGUACGUGUGUGACAUCACAGAUCUUGGUCGCAUUGCCAAUUGGAGGAUCUACAUGGCAUUAGUGAUCUCAAUAUUCAAAUGCUCAUAACUUUCUUAUUAUUCAUUCAAUCUUCCUCAAACUUUCAACAAUAUGUUUCUUUGAUUUUUCUCUUUGAUAUGGAUUCAGCUGGUUUCAAUCUCCUUUAAUGCUGGGGCCUGUUUCAUAAAGAGUUACAACUAUUUAAACUUUGUCAUUAUGGCAAUGGUAACCCGGAGCAACCAAUCACUGUCAAGGUUUCCAUGGUAGUUACAAUAAUGACAAAGAUACAAUAGUGUUCUAGGUCUUCGUGAAACCGGCCCCGGAUCAUGGGAAAUAAAUUAAAGGGUCUCUCACAUAAGAGCGUCUAAACAAGGGUAUGCUUAUGUACAUGUAGCAAGCUGUCUAUAUGAUCCUAUCAUUAUUUUUAAUUCUUGGUUCAAAAAUUGUGAUUUCUUAUCACAAAAUUAUUUUCUUGAUAUGAAGAAAUGAUUUUUUGAUAUCAAGAACAUUACUGUGUAUCAAUAAUUAAAUUUAACCAAGGAAUAAGGAUUAAGUGUUAAAACAGCUUACCAUGCAUAUGUCGGCAUAUUCUGGCUAUAUUGUUCAAGUGAAACAAGUCCCCAGUCAGUAAAAGUUCCCAUUUUUGAUCUCUCAAAUUGAAUAGGCCCAAUAAAGUCAAUUUUUGGACUUUGGCAGUCUAUCAUGACAGAUAAUUGUCAAUAAUUUAUGUUGAUUCACUUGGUCUACAAGCAUUUGGUCUACUAUCAUUUGGUCUAAUUGUUGUUUAGUCUACAAUACACUUGGUCCAGUACUCACCUAGUUUAAUACCCAGAAGAUAUCAUUUUCACUCGAUAUAUUUAUUUUCAACUAUGUCAAAUGAAAUUGAUUCAUGAAUAGUUCAUCUAAUUAUAUAGACUAUGUGUUGUUAGACCGAGUGGAUUAUGAGGCAAUAUAUAAGCAAAAAUAUAUUGAAAUAGAAGUAUGGAAAAAAUAAUAAGAAUAAACUUUUCAGAAGCUAGAUAAAUUUAAUAGCUGAAUAGUAAACUGAAAUAAGCCCACAAAAUACAGAUAAAUACAAUGAUAUUUUUAAAAAGAACUUUAUUCCAAGUUGAAUAUCAUCAUAUCAUAUAUGAUCUUCCUUGUUGAUUCGAAAAUGGAAAAUUCCAACAUAUUAUGCAAUAUAUCAACUAUGUCAAUUCCAUCCAUCCGUCCAAAAAAAAAAGGUAUUCCUGUAUCCGUAGCAUAUUUAAAAAAAAUAUGAAUGGUUGCUAAUCAUGUUUUCUAAAAUGGCUAAUUAUUGAUAAUUUUCAUGCAAAAUAGCUCUGAAUUAGAUCUUUGUAAUAAAUGACAAAUAUGCUAA